AUGGAUGGUAUUUGUAGCCCCAGAAGGAGUCAUGGUGACUUCGAGAGCGGUCACGGAGAGACAGCAAAUGUUGUAGAACAGAAGGAAGACUCGCUAGUAAGGUCUGGAAGAAGCAAUGGUUGUGGGCGUGGCGUGGCAAGGGACGGGCAUUGUGUGUGCCCUAUUGACUAUUUUGGCGAACGCUGCGAUCGGCCUCGUAAUUUUCAUUGUCACUUCUUGCGAGUGAUCCCUGCUAAAUGUGAUAUUGAGGCAAGUCCUAUGUUCGAUCCACGACUAGACGGAGAUGCCCCCUGCAUAUCCUAUUCUCGAGGUAGCGAUAAACCAUUAUUGCUAGGCUACAAACUGUCCUGCACUCUCAACACCUUGCUUAACGGGCCAGAAAAGCAGGCCGGCACAAUGCUGUUCAAAUACGUUCUGCAGAAGGAUACUCUUGACGAUGACAACUUGUUUGCACUCUCUGAGAUACCAGAAGACGAAGUUUUGUUCCGUCCUUUCAACUGGGAUAGACCAUUCUCAGAUCACAACUUUUCGGAAAGCGUGCGGGUGACGAAGGGAAUGUUGUUGGGAACGGAAGCCGUACGCUUUUCUGUGCCAGUGGCGGAUAUGCUUCGUGCAUCCCCCGGAUACAGUAGGGGCGGCCGCUUGUUUGCUGAGGUUCGCCUCCUCGGAAAGGGCGGUUCACGUAUCUCUACGGCUACUGAUUGUUGGCGAUGCAUCGGGAGAGCCUUUGUAGAGAUAUUUCCUUGA